CCGCGAGGCAGCUCCUGCAGCUUUAAAUCCAUCGACAAGGAGUGGUGCUUGUGAUCUUGCCGCAAGCGCCGACUGUGAAUCGGAUGAUCCAUGGGAAGAAUGGCAAUGGCUGGCGGAGCUCUUGCCUUGGUUUUCCUUGCGCUGCUCCCCAGAGGCUCGUGCCAGAAUGACUCGCAAACUCCCGCAUUGUUCGUGUUUGGAGACUCGCUGGUGGACGCCGGGAACAACAACUACUUGAACACUUUCUCCCGGGCAAACUUCCCACCUUUCGGGAUGAACUUCGACCAGCACCGAGCUACGGGGAGAUUCACCGACGGGAGGCUCAUACCCGACUACAUAGCUUCGUUUUUGAAUCUUCCAUUCCCUCCUCCUUACCUGGGAGCUGGAGGAAACGUUCUUCAAGGAGCAAACUUUGGAUCCGGAGGCGCAGGGAUCCACAACAGUACUGGGGCUGGCAUGGGAGAUCACGCUCCCUUGUAUAGACAAAUCGAGUACUUCCGGGAGGCAAAGGAAGCGCUCGACUCGUCACUGGGAGCUUACAACUCGUCCCUGCUCGUCUCCAAGUCCAUCUUCUACAUCUCCAUUGGCAACAACGACUUCGCAAACAAUUACUACAGGAACCCCACGCUCCAGAGAAACUACACUCUCGACCAGUUCGAGGACCUCCUCAUCUCCAUCCUUCGUCGCCAGAUCAAAGAACUCUAUGGCUUGAACGCUCGCAAGUUCGUCAUCUCUUCGGUGGCCGCGCUGGGAUGCAAUCCAAUGUCGCUCUACAUCUACAGGCUCGAGACGCCCGGCCAGUGCGCCAGUGACUACGACGGUGCCGCGCGAAGCUACAACCGCAAACUCCACGCCAUGGUCGAGGAGCUCCGCCUCACGCUCAUCGAGAGUCAUAUGGUUUACGCCAAUCUCUACGAGAUCAUGACCGCAACCAUCAAAAACGGCACUGCUCACGGAUUCUCGAAUGUUAACACGCCGUGCUGCCCUUUCGGGAGCUACUUCGAGUGUUUCAUGUUUGCUCCGACUUGCACCAACGCGUCCGAGCACGUUUUCUGGGAUUUGUUCCACCCGACUGGAAGAUUCAACCACUUGGCUGCGCGGAGAUUUUGGUUCGCUGCUCCAAAUGGCUCCGAUGUGUGGCCUUUCAACAUCCACCACCUCUCCAAACUUUAGAGGAUCUUGUCCACCAUGUUGAGCAAAGAUAAAAACCAUCUUUUUCUUACAGAAAAAAUGUUUGUUUGAUUGGUUUUCCUGUA